AUGGCUGAACCACAGCCUGUUGUUCCGACCGUCCACCAACUUAUCGUAGACAACCCCUGGUUCUGCAAGAACCCCCUCUUUUGGACCGCCCAGCAUCUUGACCUCCUCAAGAUCAAAUUCGAACGCAUCGAUGUCCUCCUCAAACAUCCCCAACCUCGCAAGUAUCUCGGCAUGAAGGACGAUGACCCUUUUUACUACUGGUCCAGGCGUUUCGCCAAGAACCUCACCUCUGUAUCCAAGCACGCUGCCUUUACCCGAAUUCUGGAUCUGAUGGGCGUCAAGAUGUGGCAUCAUCCCGAUGAGAAAGCUGUCUUCUUGUUUGACAGCAAAGACGUCCACGUCUCCGAUUGCUACGUCUGCCAUUUCACCCCUCCCUUUCUGUCCGAGCUACCCAUCAUCGGCUACUUCCACUACGACGACGUCAAGUGGGCUCGCCUCAAGAGCAUCCGACCUCAGAGCAACCCCGGCGAUGGCGGAAACCCUCCCAUGGCUCGAGUCUGUCGUAUCCGACUUCGCAACGUCACUCCCAUCGAGUGGUCCGAGGAUCCUUACCUGGUUCGAAUGCUGGUUACUACCGAGUCCGACCCCUCGACCGCUCACGUCUUUGUCGCUGACAUCGGCAUCCGUCUGUUGGAGUGCAUCUACGACCCGGCUCUUUGCCUCGAUGGCGUCAUUUGGCCGACUAUCCAGCACUGUGAGCUUCCCAUGGAGCCUUACAACACUUUCCCCGAACGAGUUGUGGCCGAGCUUCUUGGCUACCGCCACUGA